GUUGAAGUUAUUGUGCAUCUGAUUUCGUCCAUAUAAUAUUUCACCUGCAUUUAACCCACAAUGACAAGAUAAGCUCUGAGGGAAAAAAAAGUUGUAAAGCAAUAGAUCUUUUAGCCAACAGAGCCAUAUGAGGUUGAUCCUUUGAAAUGACACAGCUGAACAGCUGCGUACGUAGACGUCGGAUUGACUUUGACUGCUUCAUUGAAGGUUUAAUAGGACUUCAACUGCUGGGGAUCCUGUAGCCGCGUAAGCAGUGUGAUUACACGAAGGUUGCGUCUCUAGCAAUUCGCUUGAAAUCAUGUUGUUGAGAGUUGCGUUGUUGGUGAUGGCUUGUGGUGUGUUGGCGAGUGCGAGUAAGGCUAGCCCCGUGCCUUACAAAGACGUGAAAUGCAAGCAGUACCCUCCUCCCGCGCAUGGCCAGAUAGCGUGUGAGCGCCGCGACUCCUCUAAAGACGUUCACUGCAGGGUAUCGUGCAAUCUGUACUACGACUUCGAGUUCCUGGCCGCUCCAGAUUACAUCUGCAGUGACUUGGACGGCAAAUGGUCCACUCAACCCGCGGCGCUCACCCUACCCUGGCCGAACUGCAAGAUCUACACACGUGGGGAACCUGUUCCCUGAUGCCCUCCUUGGCGCACCGCUGACUAAGUUGUUCUGCUGAGCCCGCUGCAGAUACAGCUAGAUGCUUUUCGACACAUCACGUGACCAGAUAAUUGUGAUCGUGACUAAUAAAAUUGGGUGACACUCA